UCCUAUCAAUGUGCGGGGCCACGACCAACGUCAGCCGGACCGACUCGGUGCGUCUGCCAGUCCCGCCACGGAUUCAUCUGGGAUCCUCACACAGACCAGCCAGCAGAGACGAGGGAUCAAGGCGACCGAUUAGCGCCAGUUGCCUGCUGCGGAUCAGUUCGCCCCUUCCAGGCCUGGCGACUGUGGAGGGAGGGAACAGACGAGCGGCGCACCGCUGCGGGAAGACACCGAAGCAAGAGCGACACCCCCUCCCGCCCCCCACCUUGCAGCGCAGGCUUUUGAACGCCGCUUCCCCCAUCUGAAUGGAAACUCGGAACCGCCCGGCGGCGCGUUCCUCCUCGCUCAGUCUGUCAAUCCAUGCCGAGAGGAAGGCGGUGCAAGUCCGCGCCAGCAGCGUCCAGCUCCCGGGACAGGGCCGGCAACGCUGCUGAGCAGAACUUGAUCGCGCCUCUUCGUCGCUGCUAGUGGAAGCGAUGCUGCACCGCACAGGCAGCGCUUCCCCGGCUCUCCUUCAGGCUGAAGGUUACCCACCCGCGCAGCCAGCCGCAACCUUGUGAGCCGCGCGCGCCUCAGGUCCGGGCUCCGGCUGCUCCGCGGCGGCGUGCAGGGGGCAACCACCGGGCCGCCCGCGCCGGGGCGCACUGCACCAGCGGCUUCGGCUUAGUGGAUGUGUAUGCAUGAGUUCUGCACCGAAUGGGCGCAAAAAGCGCCCCAGUCGGUCCACCCGCUCCUCGAUCUUCCAGAUCAGCAAGCCUCCGCUGCAGAGCGGGGAUUGGGAGCGCAGGGGCAGCGGCUCCGAAAGCGCCCAAAAAACCCAACGAGCCCUGGACGACUGCAAAAUGCUUGUCCAAGAGUUCAACACCCAAGUGGCCCUGUACCGAGAGUUGGUCAUUUCCAUCGGGGACGUCUCAGUCAGUUGCCCCUCACUACGGGCGGAAAUGCACAAGACAAGAACCAAAGGCUGUGAAAUGGCCCGUCAGGCACACCAAAAGCUGGCUGCCAUCUCAGGCCCGGAAGAUGGUGAGAUCCAUCCCGAAAUCUGCCGGCUUUACAUCCAGCUGCAGUGUUGCCUAGAGAUGUACACAACGGAGAUGCUGAAAUCCAUUUGUCUGCUGGGGUCUCUUCAGUUUCAUCGAAAAGGAAAGGAAGCUAGUGGAGGAGCGAAGAGUUUGGAGAGCAAAACUGAGGAGAACACUGAACCACCUGCCCUGGAGGACUCCUCCCUGUCCCCUCUAGACGGCCAGCAGCAGUCCUGGCAGGUUUCCACGGACAUCGAGAACACUGAAAGAGACAUGCGGGAAAUGAAAAACCUCCUCAGCAAACUCAGGGAAACCAUGCCUUUACCGCUGAAAAAUCAAGAUGACAGCAGCCUUCUGAAUUUAACUCCCUACCCCAUGGUCAGAAGACGGAAGAGAAGGUUCUUCGGGUUGUGUUGUCUUGUGUCAAGCUAGGCGGUUCCCCCUGGAAACUCACCGCCAAGAUCGCCUGAAAAACACCCCAGAACUGGAAACCUCCACACAGCCAAACGCCGAGAAUGGUUUUGACCACCUUUUUUAUGCUUCCUUCUUACUUUUAUCUGCCUCUCCCUGCCCUUUUCAAUAAUUUUACACUUGAAAGCAGCUGUCGUCAAGGAAAAAAAAAAAGAACAGAUUCAAAAAUUGCAGCCUGUUUUUAAAGAGGUUUUAAAAAGUUGACAUUGUGCAUGUCUGCUCUGAACCAUCCCAUGACAGAUGCAAGAAUUAUGAUUUUUAAAUUAUUUAAAGGUUUUUUAAAUGUAUUAUACAGAGAAAAAUUAUUUCACAUAUAAUAGUAUAUCUGUAGCUCUUGCUGAUCUCAUGUUAACCAUUUACCAGAUAUAAAAGAUGUCUCUAAACAUAGAAAUCUAUUUUAAACAGCAAAACUGUUCAGAAAAACGCAACCUAUGAGUAUCAUUAGAAAUAAUACUAUACCCGAACACACACCACCUCACGUGUUGUUUUCCCUGCGCUCAUUUACAUUUAGUCUUCCAUUCUGUCAGAAUCUAAGUGUCAACAUAAAAAAAAUCAUAAUUUAUAAUGCAACAAAACCAUAUAUGAAACAUACAUUUUGUAAAUACUCAAUAAUCCUAUUAUCUUCGUACACUGCAUAUGGGCAACUAAUUUCCUUUUAAUCCAAUGGUGUCUUUUUAAGCUUCUUGGAAAAUGAAGUUAUCCAGUUAGGAAAUGGUGUAGUAACCUAUACAAUUACCCUCAGAUGUAAAACUGAAUAUUAUCACAUUUUGUUUGAAUUGAAACCUGAAGCAUGGAGUCCGCACAUCAGCAUAGUGUUCAAUCUUUUAGGGCAUGCUGGAAUUAGCUCAGAACAUAAACUCUUUAACAUUUUACAUUAUCAAUGAAGAAAAUGUUUUAGUUAAGCUUAGCUUGUCUCAUUUUAGAUGACUAUGCAGAUACGGCUUUUCCAAUGUUACUCUCUGUCUUGUCUUAAUGUCUAGCAUCUUGAGAGCAGGACACACUAAGCAAUACUGUAUCUUAGCAAAGGGGGAGCCACCUACUAUGCUUCCACGCUCAUGGCUCUGUUCUUCCACUGAACUGGUUAUAUGGUACAAAUCCCAUUAUCUUUUACUUUCUUCUGUCCUCCCUUUGACCCUUUUCCCAAGCAGAAUUCGCCGUGAGUUGGAAGAUGGAUCUUUGCACUUUUUGCCUUGUUCUCCAUUCUCUGAACAAUCUUCAAGUCAGACAGGAGGUGCUGGUGCCCAACCUUGAGAGGGACAAACUAGCUUCAAGUGGUGGCUUUAAGCCCAGGUUUGGGUAGGCACUUAUUUGGACACUGAUAUCAAUAUCCUGGCCUAAAAACAAAAUGGUGUAAAGCCUUUCACUUUACAGAACAUGGAAAACAUGGAUAAUUAUUGUAUUCGGUUGAAUUCUAUGAAAUGGCUGAUCUCUGACUGUUUUCACCUAUUUAAAAAUGGCAGUUUCACAUCAUUCAACCUAAUAUCUGGAAAGAAAACUGUACAGUACUUUAAAUUUUCUCCUAUCUUUUUGUAUUAAAAGUGAAAGAAUUCAGGGAUGAAAAAGGCCUCCAAAGUCUCUCACUGGUCUGCAUUUCCGUUCCACCAGUUGCUGUGGGCUAAUCUCUUGGAACCCCACACUACGUUCCACUGAGCCGUUAACUGAUGCAUUCAUUGUUACAGACAUGAGUGGAUUCACUAGAAGAAGUACUUCUGACAACUUACAGGAGAAAAUUAUAGUUGUUCUGAAUUGGAGUGUUCAUGGAGCAAUAGAAGGAAUGUAUUAUUUAGACUCCUGACAAAGCAAGGAACCACUCGCUCCCAGCUCACCUGGCCCCGACAUCUUAACUAAGCUUCGUAUUCGCUAAAGAAUACAGGUCUCUUCAAGUGAGGUAGAGGUUAUCUCAUUUAUGAGCUAUCGUUUCUAAAUGGCAUGUUCUCAGCCCCCGUCUCUUUCUGUCACACACUCUGACUGAACUGAACCCCACACUUCAGCUUCGUUCCUAGCAAUCCAUGCAGACUUGCUGACGGAUAAGCCCGCGGGGUGCAGCACGCUCCUGUUGCUGCCUGACCUAAAUCGCUCCGGCUUUAGUUCGUUUGCGUUCGCUCUCUCCUUAGUUGCAACGUGAUAAUAACACCUUUUGUGCAAUUGUCCUUUGUACAACUGAAGACUGUUAAAAAAAAAAAAAAUCAGGUCUCACCUCCAUGUCUGAGAACGCCAUGGUAGCUAUUCAUGGAGAUGGGAGUACGUCUAAUCGCCUAGCCAGACUUCCGUAUCUAAGGUAAUAUAGUCCAAGCACCUUACCUUUUAUUCAGUGCCUGUUCUCCAGCCUUUGCUCAGUUUUAUACCUCCCACAGACACACUCUGAGAUUUACAGACAACCAUGAAGUAGCAGGUCCUAAAGCAACAUUUAGUAAUCUAAGCUCUGAUAACUAUGUUGGCUUCUGGUUGCCGUGGGUGAUUCACCACCUCCCCUUAGAUAUGCCAAGUGCAUCCGGUAGGAGCUGCCCCUCUCUCCUGUCACCUUGCCAAUGGACUGUCUCGGAUGUGGUUCCAUGAGAUAAAGCUGCUGCCUCCCUCCCUGCGGAAGGUUAUCUUUGAGCUCACAGAAGCACCCAGCCCAUCUGGCGUAGGAGAAAACGCUGACUAUUGUCUCACAAACAAACCCACACGCUUCAAACAGAAAAGAAUGACACUUUUUUGUGUGUGGCACACACUCAUUUUAUCACCUUACUUUUUAUUACCUAUUUUAGCUUUUCCUGCAAAUUGUAAAGAAUACAUUUGUGUGUGUGUGUGUGUGUGUGUGUGUGUGUGUAAAACCUGUAGAACAUCACCAUGUAUAAAAGUAAGCAUCAUCUGCCCCCCCCCUCCACAAAUGUUUUGUGUAAAAUCAAGUUCCUGGGCUCUAAAUCAGUUGGGGGCAGACCCAAAGGCUCCUUCGAAGAAACAUGAAGUAACCUUAAGGCCAAAGUAUCACUUCGAUGUCUGACCCCUGAUGUGUAGCGUCUAGAUGCAGACCCACUGCGAGCUGCCCUGUUGUGCCAUUCGUUGUUCGUGUACAAUGAAGGCUAUCGAUGCAGCAAGAGCCCUAAUGCCGGCGAAAUUCUCAAGCCUGCCCAACCUUUGGGUUCCUCCUUACGCCUGUGAAAAGUUAGGAUGCUCAUAUUUAGGCAAUGCUGCCACCUAGUGGAAGGCCAGCUUCACAAUGGCACAAAGCAAGUAUUCAAACCCGUCUCAUUUAUUUUAGAAAACCCGUGAAUGGACCAGAUUAACAACGAACCCAUUAGGACUUCCAAACUGUGAACAUCUCAGGAUUGAAAGAAUUACGAAUUGUCAUGCAGUCUAAGUCCCUUCUUCACACAUCCGUGCCUAAGAAGCAACAUCUCUGUUUUCCUUUUGUUCUGGAAUAUCACGACAGAAAAUGCUUACCUUUCCAGUAACUAUAGGUAGAAUGAGGAAGAGCAGUGCUACUAUAUCAGCCUCACAAUAAGUUGCUAUAACUAAUUACAGCAUCCUCAGUACAUCCAAUAACAUAAAACGACUGAGUACCAUACACUUCAAAUUUGAGAAAAGUUGGGAUCGUUAAGUAAGUUGUCUGGAAUAACUAGUUAACCUCUCCUGGGAGCAAUAUUAGGUCCAUACUUUAAUCAAAAUAAAUUCUAAUUAAAAUAAAUAUUCAAAAUUUAAAACUUGUGAAUAAAUAAUAAGCAUAAAAAGACUUAUAAGUAUCCGAGACGUUAUUUUAAUGUGGGGGAUAAAAGCCUUUCUCAGCAUAAUACCAAAGGAAGAUGUGAUAAAGAGAAGAUGGAUGGGUUUGACUGACAUUAUCUUUUAAAAGAAGGUAAAAGUUCUAUACAGUAAAUAAUAAACCAAAUCAAGAGAAAAUAGUAUUUGCAGUUCAUGCAAGAACGAGAUUGGACCUCUACAGCACUUGGGAUGGGCUCAGUUGUUUACAAGAACGAGAUUGGACCUCGACAGCACCUGGGGUGGGCUCAGUUGUUUACAAGACUUGUACUUUUCCCAGCACUGCUUGUACGAUUGUUGGUCUAUCCCCUAAACUGAAAGGAUGAAAGGUAACAAUCACAUACAUUUUGUUUAACACUGUUUCUCAUCUCAGAUCAUAGUGCUGUAAACACACCAAAUAAUAAAAACAUGCCCACUGAAUGAGUGAAUAGUGAAUGAAUGGCAUUAGAGUAUUUCGUGAGUCAGAGAAAGAAUCUAACUUUCCAGGAGAAUCAAGAGCUAAAGAAUCAAGGCUGUAAUAAGGACCAUAAGCUGUAAUAAUCCACCUAUAGCAUUAAACAUAUCUGAACACACUAGUAACAAAGACUGCAUAUAUGAACAACUCAGAAAGGUAUGCAUAUAAAUCAUUCAAGUUCCUGGGGACAGGAGGAAAUUUCAAAUAUAAAUAUUCCCUUGUAGCCAACAAGAGUAUAAACUGAUCUGACCUUUCCAGAAAGUGUUUUGGUACUAUGCAUUUUUCAUGCACACUCUGUAAUUUCACAUUAAGGAAAUUCUCCUUUUAAAAGUUCAGCAAUGGGCCAGCAAGAAGACUCAACAGGGAAAGACUACUCUUGCCACCAAGCACGUUAGACCCCUGAACUCACAUGGGAGGUGGAGGCAACUGACUCUCUUGCAGGUUAGCCUCUAAUCUACACACACACACACACACACACACACUGAAUAAAUAUUAUUAUGUUAUUUAAUGUUCAGCAAAAAAAGUGAGCUAAGAUGCAUUUAGUCAUUAUUUUAAAAGUCAUACAAGAAAGGACGUUUUGUAAAUAUGCCUACAUUGUAUGGUUAAAUAUGGUAUAUCCUUUCAACGGAUACCGUGCACCAGUUAAGAAUGCUCACCAUGUGUAUUUAUUGAAAUGUGUAUUUAUUGAAAUGUGCAGUUUUGUUGUCAGAUGAGAAAGGAAAUAAUAGGAGACUUUCUAGAGAGUUACCCUCUUACUAACAUACCUACACGUGUGUACGUUACCGAAUCAGAAAGACUGUUUCCCUGCAGAAUGCCAACAUUUCUCUCUGGGAGGUGAGAUUUGGAGCAAUUGUAUUUCUUUCUGCAUAUCUGUGAUUUCUGACUUUUUCACAAAGAGCAUGUAGUAUCUGUAUAAUUUUUUUCAGGGAAUAAACACUGACGUUGACAAUAUAUAUUAAAAGAAAACAUGUUAUAAUACAGUAUGUAUAGUAUGAUACAAUAUUUGUAAAAAAAGAAAAUCACAUAUAAAUAUAUCUACGUAUGUAUAUAUAUAUAUGCAUAAGAAAGCUAGAAGGCCAUACACUACUAUGUUAAUAGCCGUUAUCCACGGGUAGUGGGAUUAUGGGUGAUUAUUUUUCUUUUUGCUUUUCUGUGUUUUCUAAUUUUUCUACAAUGAACAUGUAUUACUUGUGUAAUAAAAACUAAUAAUAAAAGUUUAAAAAAUAUGUCAAGCAGA